AAUAUCUUACACUCCAAUAUCGGAUGAUCGCCAUCGGGAUCGACACUUUUCGCCGUGGCUAGCUUACUUCGUCUUUUUGCAACUUGACCAAAAACUUCUUAAACUUCGGGAGCAUUUUAAACGGUUCUUCAAUUCAAGAACAAACUCAAUCGCGUCUAUUAACAAAAUGAACCCAACAACUGGCUUGCCUAAUUCUCGCCGCUCUACCAUCUCUGAAGAUGAUAAUCUUCAAGUUCAUCGUGAAGGUGUUACCACGGCCAGCAAAGACUGGACCACGAUAAAAGUCAUUGACUUGAUAUUGAUACAAAAUAAUAUUUCUUCGGCUCCAGUUUACGACUCCCACGUAAAGAAUUUUGUGGGAAUGUUUGAUUGGGCCGACGUAAUGUCUUAUUUAUUGAUUGUGCUCAAGAAAAAGAAUAUCAAAGAACAACAACAGAAAAGCGAAGAACAAUUAACUUCAGAAUUCAAGGAUUUAAUUAGAUUGGCAAUACAAUUUCAACCAGUCCCUGUUAAAUUGGCAUCCGAUUUGUCAAAUAAAAAUCCAUUCUACUCUGUAAUACCCGAGACAUCAUUGUUUCAAGUCGUGGAAUUGUUUGGAAGUGGCACUCAUCGAGUUUCUAUCAUAGAUGCUGAUGGAAAUUUGAAGGGAAUCCUAACACAAUCGAACGUUAUUAAUUAUUUGUAUCAGAAUGUUACUCAUUUUCCACAAAUUGAAAGAAUUUUCCCCAAAACUGUCCGUGAGCUCGGAAUUGGACUGGAUCAUGUGAUAACUGCACAAGCAAGUUCAAAUGUUCUCGAUGCGUUAACAAUGAUGAAUAAAAAUGGAAUAACCAAUGAAGAUGGAAUGCUAACUGGAAAUGUCAGCAUGUCAGAUGUUAAAUAUAUCUUGCGGAGCUAUCGUCAUUCUUUAUUGUGGAAAACUUGUCGUCAGUUUUCUAGUCACGUGAGAAGUCGUCAAGGAUUAGAGGAUGGGCAAGAUCGAUAUCCUGUAUUUGAUAUACGUCCAAAUUCUACGAUAGGUUAUACCAUCGCUAAACUAACCGCAACAAAAGCUCAUCGUGUUUGGGUAGUCGAUGAGAAAAUGCAUCCAAUUGGAGUUGUCAGUUUGACUGAUAUAUUGAGCGUGUUUGCUCGAGAAGCUGGUGGAAACCCGGAUCCUAAACGACAAAGAAGUAUGUCAGCCGCAAAGGAACCGCAAUUUUGA